AUGUCCACGCAGAGACUUCGGAAUGAGGACUACCACGACUACAGCUCCACGGAUGUGAGCCCAGAGGAGAGCCCAUCCGAAGGCCUAAACAACUUCUCGUCUCAGGGCUCCUACCAGCGGUUUGGGGAAAGUAACAGCACAACAUGGUUCCAGACUUUGAUCCACCUGUUAAAAGGCAACAUUGGCACAGGACUCCUGGGGCUGCCUCUGGCAGUGAAAAAUGCUGGCAUCUUGAUGGGUCCCCUCAGCCUGCUGGUGAUAGGCCUUGUAGCUGUGCACUGCAUGGGUAUCCUGGUGAAAUGCGCUCACCACUUCUGCCGCAGGCUGAACAAGCCCUUUGUGGACUAUGGGGACACAGUGAUGUACGGACUGGAAUCCAGCCCCAGCUCCUGGCUCCGGAACCACGCACACUGGGGAAGGCACAUUGUGGACUUCUUCCUGAUCGUCACGCAGCUGGGAUUCUGCUGUGUCUAUUUUGUCUUUCUGGCUGACAACUUUAAACAGGUGAUAGAAGCAGCCAAUGGGACCACCAACAACUGCCACAACAAUGAGACAGUGAUUCUGAUGCCCACCAUGGACUCGCGACUCUACAUGCUUACCUUCCUGCCCUUCCUGGUGCUGCUGGUUUUUGUCAGGAACCUCCGAGCCCUGUCCAUCUUCUCUCUGUUGGCCAACAUCACCAUGCUGGUUAGCCUGGUUAUGCUCUACCAGUUCAUUGUGCAGAAUAUCCCAAACCCCACCAGCCUCCCCUUGGUGGCGCCCUGGAAGACCUACCCUCUGUUCUUUGGCACAGCCAUUUUUGCAUUUGAAGGCAUUGGGAUGGUUCUGCCCCUUGAAAACAAAAUGAAGGAUCCCCAGAAAUUUCCGAUCAUCCUGUACGUGGGAAUGGCCAUCAUCACUGCCCUCUACAUCAGUCUGGGGUGUCUGGGGUACCUGCAGUUUGGAGCUAAUAUCCAAGGGAGUAUAACCCUCAACCUGCCCAAUUGCUGGCUGUACCAGUCGGUCAAGCUGCUGUACUCCAUCGGCAUCUUCUUCACCUAUGCCCUCCAGUUCUAUGUCCCGGCUGAGAUCAUCAUCCCCUUCUUUGUAUCCCGUGUGCCCGAGCACUGGGAGCUGGUCGUAGACCUGUCUGUGCGUACCGUGCUGGUCUGCGUGACAUGCAUCUUGGCCAUCCUCAUUCCCCGCCUGGACCUGGUCAUCUCCCUGGUGGGGUCCGUGAGCAGCAGUGCCCUGGCCCUCAUCAUUCCGCCCCUCCUGGAGAUCACCACCUACUACUCGGAGGGCAUGAGCCCCCUCACCAUCGCCAAGGACGCCCUGAUCAGCAUCCUGGGCUUCGUGGGCUUUGUGGUGGGGACGUAUGAGGCCCUCUACGAACUGAUCCAGCCAAGCAGUGCUCCCAUCUUCAUCAACUCCACCGGUGCCUUUGUAUAGCGAUCUGGGUGCAUUCCCUACAG